AUGUCGCACCCCCCACGACAUUCCUCCAUCGUGUCUAUGAGCAGCAGUGUGCACAGCGCUGCAACUGUUACCCCCACCGAGAAGCAGCUCCCUCAGCAACCACAGGUCCAAACUCCGACACAGACAACUCCUGGACUUCGCGUCCCAUCAAACCGCAAAACCAUCUACGAUAGGCACCUAAAUCGCAGCAGGAAUGCGGAAUCCAGCCGGGCGAGCUUCGCCUUUCUAUUUGGAGAGAUGGUUACGUACGCCCAGAGGAGGGUUACUGGUAUACAAGACCUCGAGAGACGGUUAAACGAACAAGGAUACCCCCUCGGCCUCCGUUUACUCGAUCUCCUCUUCUACCGAACAAUGUCUAGCUCUUCCUCAUCUGCUCUUUCAAGCUCCUCAACCUCAGCAUCACCACCUAAUAGACCACUCCGAGUCCUACCCCUUUUACAUCUUAUCCACGGACCCCUCUGGCGACUCCUUUUCAACCGUCCCGCGGAUGCUCUUGAACACUCGGUGUCACCGGACACGCCGAACGAAUAUAUGAUUACAGAUAAUGACCCACUUGUAAACACAUAUAUCAGUGUUCCCAAGGAGAUGAACCAACUUAACUGCGCAGCCUUUGUGGCGGGUAUAAUCGAGGGAGUGUGUGACGGAUGUGGCUUCGAGGCCAAAGUCACAGCCCAUAAUCAGCCUACGGAAUUGUGGCCCAGUCGGACUAUUUUCCUCUUGCGGUUCGGCGAGAGUGUCAUGGAGAGAGAGAAGGUUCUCGAGCGGGCAGGUGUCAAAUAA